UUCCUAAUAAAUAUCCAAACAUUUUGAGGCCGUAGUUAUAUAAAAGGGUUAGCUUCCAAAUCAUUGGGGUAUUCAUUACAUUCAGAUUAAAAAAUCUCACUUUGGAGAAGGUUUCAAACCCGGGUAGUUUUCUUUUCUUCAUUUCUACAUCAAGCAAUUGCAAGAACUUUCUCAUCCUUUCUUCUUACAGCUAUCGAAUCCCUCACCCUUUUCAACCCUCCCACCAAAUCCUAAGCUGUUUUCUAAUGCCUUCUCAAUAAACUGAUUUCGUGAAUAGAAUAAUUAGUUGUAGGGCUCUUGGAUUGAAAUCAAGAACUCGUAGUGAGAACUGAUCUGGGUUCUUCCAGAUUUUGCCUAAAUGAUUGAUUUUUUGCAGUAGAUUGUGAAAAGAUUUCUGGUGAUGAUAUUUGUCUGGAUAAGGGAAAGAUAGAGAUUUUUAUCAGGUCUUGGUAUAGUUUGUGCUGAUCUGGGUCUGUGAUUAUAAGAAGUUGAGGUGGGUUUUUGGGUGGGAGGUUAUUGAAUGGCUGAAGAAGAUUUGGUUGAGCUUAAAUUCAGGCUUGCUGAUGGGACCGACAUCGGGCCAACGAAUUGUAGGCCCAGCACCUCUGUGGGAUCUCUCAAAGAAAGAAUAGUUGCACAAUGGCCUAAAGAUAAAGAAAAUGCUCCCAAAACUGUCAAUGACGUGAAGCUUAUUAAUGCGGGAAAGAUAUUGGAAAACAAUAAGACACUUGCUGAGUCCAGACUCCCAAUUGGGGAACUACCGGGAGGGGUCAUCACUAUGCAUGUUGUCGUGCGUCCUCCAAUUUCAGACAACGAAAAAUUGAAGGAUGACCUCCCAAAGAAAAACAGGUGUUUGUGCACCAUUCUGUAAACCCUAGUAUGUUAUCCGCAAUGAUUCUUCUGUUGGCAUCUGUCUCUCUGUGUGUCGGUCAGAUGGUUGCCCGGAAACAUUUCCGAAGCCCUCUGGAUUUCAGGUGUUGUUGCAGAAACAAGGUUCCUAGACUUGUCGUUUGCUUCAGUAGCUGUUUUUGUUGCUUUGAUGUUGCUUCUCACAGCAAAUGUUCAUAGCACGAAAAGUUCAAGUAUGAGAGAAGGAAUUAGAUGCAUUGCUCGAAGAGAAGCUUUAUGGAUCAAGAAACCUUUCUCAGUUCCCGGUGAGGAUACAAAGUGUGACAAGGAUAAAACCGAAAACAAAAAGAGCAAAAGUAUGUAUUGCAGAAGGAAUUCGUUGUUGGUUUCAAGUUGGGAUUUAUAGUUGUCAGUAGAGUUUUCAAACGAGUCAACGUGCCAUAUGUACCAUGCAGUCACCAGAGUGGUGACUCUCUCUCAGAGUAACAAAUUUGUUCCCAGCAUAAGAAUUAUACUGGCCAGGUUCCUCUGGAAGAAAACUGUGCAGUUCAUUGAAUUCAACAAGAAACUUAAUCCAAGGGUUGUACACAUUGAGGAAUUAUGUAAUUCCUGUUUUAAGAAAGAAUUAUGUACUGUAAUUCCAAAAUAA